AUGGAAAGUGAUCAAAAGCAUCUAACAGCCUUAACCAAUAUCCCGCCCAAGUCUACUUCAUCUGAGAGUAGUUCAUCUAAAUCAAGCUCAUCUGAGACUAGUUCGUCUGAAUCUAGUUCGUCAUCUGAGACUAGUUCAUCCGAAUCUAGUUUGUCAUCUGGUAGUUCGUCUGAAUCUAGUUCCUCAUCUGAGACUAGCUCAUCCGAAUCCAGUUCAUCCGAUUCUGAUAUUGAUGAGAUAGUAAACAUGAUUAAGCAUCAAAGAAUUAGGAAGCGCCUAGCCCAAAAGAAAGAUCAGGAGAAAAAUGCAUAUAAUAAAAAAUAA